UUCUGCUCCCGGGGCGGAAGGAGACGUUGCACUCAGGCAGGAGAAUGAAUCGCAGCGCCACCGAGCCUGGAACCUCCGACGUAGUAGAAUGGAACUGAGAAGAAUCACAGUUACAUUGUAGCCAGAAACAAACCCCCCCCCCCCCCCCCGACGUAGUAGAAUGGAACUGAGAAUAAUCACAGUUACAUUGUAGCCAGAAACAAAAACCCCGAAUAUUGUUCCAAUAUAACAGUUCCGUCUGAGGAAUAGAAACACAGCGAUGCGGACCAGGCGCUGAACAGGAGCGGCCGGGGUGAGAACAAGGCAGAAAGAUGGGCGCCGUGCUACGGGCUGUGUUGUUGUGUAGUUUUUCUUUGCUAAUAAGAGGUGUACCCCUCCUGCUCUAUGCCAACCGACGGGACCUGCGGCUGGUGGAUGCGGCUCACGGCAGGGCCAACGCCACGGUGGUGGUGGGCGGUCUGGAGGACGCCGCCGCUCUGGACUACGUAUACGCUCAGGGAUUGGUCUACUGGAGUGACGUCAGCGAGGAGGCAAUCAAACGCACCACCUUCAACCAAUCAGGGCCCGGCUCAGCGGCCGCCGCCCAGACGGUGGUUGUAUCGGGGCUGGCGUCCCCGGACGGCCUGGCCUGUGACUGGUUAGGCAGGAAGCUGUACUGGACGGACUCCGAGACCAAUCGGAUAGAGGUGGCCGAGCUGGAUGGAUCGUUACGGAGAGUUCUCUUCUGGCAGGACCUGGACCAGCCCCGAGCCAUCUCUCUGGACCCGGGGAGAGGGUACAUGUACUGGACGGACUGGGGCGAGGUUCCUAAGAUUGAGCGAGCUGGGAUGGACGGUACCAACAGAGCCAUGAUCAUUGACAAGGAGAUCUACUGGCCCAACGGUCUCACGCUGGACUACAGCCAGGAGAAACUGUACUGGGCUGACGCCAAGUUCAACUUCAUACAUCGCUCCAAUCUGGACGGCACUGGGAGGUACAGUAAUCCACCAACCAAUCAGAAACUCUCAUUUUGGUUCCAGUGUAAUAAAAGCAUGAAGUAAUAUUUCAGAUGAGUA